AUGUGGGCGGACGGCUCGUGCAACCGACGGAGAGGCUUCAUGUGCCAGGCUGUUCCAGAUCAGUCUGCUGUCUUACUGGUCCAUACAGAGUAUGGUGCAUCUAAAGUAGGAAGCUCAUCCAUAAACAGACAGGUAGCAGAAAUAAUCAGGGAACAUGAACCAGACGUCCCUGUAUUCAGUACUGUUUUACAAGCAAGUGAAGAGGACAAACUGGAUGCACAACAAGAUGGAGUGGAACUGUUACUGCCUGAACUUAACCCAGGUGAUCCCAGGACUGACCCAACACCAGACUGGCUAACAUUUGACCAUCGCUCCAAAUACCCUCACCUUCCUUCCAAUGUAAGGAGCAUUGUGGGCCAUGCUGAUGUCACAAGUAGGGCAGCACUUAACAUGAGGGAUGAUCGUUGUCCAGAAGCAAAAGUCCUCAUCAUUUGUAAUGACAUCUUAGAUAAAACACAGGGGAAUGAGAUGGUAGGUACUAGGAAGAAGGAACACUCUACCCUUCAAGAUUUACAAGAAGCUGAUGUGGUCUUCUCCAUUGGAAACAAGAUAUUUGAUCACUGUAAGAACCAGUUCAGAGCGUUACCAGAUGACAAGCAGCCAAAGCACUUUGAAUUUCUUCCCAGACCUUCCAAGAUCUUUGAACACACAAAAGCAAGCUACACAGACACAGAGACAAUGGUGGUCCUGUCCAUAGGUAGGGUGAACAGUGUUGACAACUUGAAGGGGCACGACCUUGCAGUUAAAGCCGUGGACAUUGUUGCCAUGAUAAAACGGAAUGUGGAGUGUCGUAUCAGAGGAAUCAAUGAAGAGGAUAAAAACGUUCUUCAGACACAUUUAAGGACAACAAAUCUGAAGCCCACCCUUCUGCCCUAUGGAACACUGAAGGAGCUUCAAACUGACAUGUUGAAAGCCCAUCUUGUGUUGCUACCCUCCGAGACUGAACCAUUCGAACUUGUUGGACUGGACGCCAUUGCAGCAGGGAUUCCUGUCCUAGUUUCUAGUAAAUCGGGACUCGCAGACUUUAUGUUAAAGAUAUCACCAGAGUUUUGUUAUUCUGUUGUAGAUGUUGAGGGAAAUGAGGAGGACAAUGUAAAGCUAUGGGCCAAGCGCAUUGAACAGUCACUGAGUAACUGUGAGACUGAGUUUAAAAGAGCAGCAAGAUGUCGGGACGAGCUUCUGUCAGCAAAGUAUUGGGAAGAGUCUCAUCAGCAGUUCAUUGAUAGUUGUUUACAGACAGGAGCACAAUAUCCUUCUGAAGUCCAGAGGCAAAGUGCAGCAGCUCCUGCGGGAGAAAACAACAACAUCAGGGAACUGUUGAUAACAGGUAGUGGAACACAACAGACUGGUGAGGUGCAGAGCAGGAAAAGAGGUGCAGAAGCAGGUGAGGAGAAUGAUGAAAGCAGGAAAGUCUUCCGAAAAGGGGCACCUCCUCCACUGCCCAUUGUGGUGGAAAUACUGGCACAAGUUAUACCCAGUGUUAAAUCCCCAAAGCAAAUGAAAAGCUACGCUUCAGCAAGAGAGACAUUGGUCACUUUGGAUCUCACCACAGUAACAGACGAGACUCUUUAUUUGCUUGAACAGGUAAAGCCUGAAAUAAAGACCAUGGAAGACUUGCUUGACACUGCAGAAGCAAUAGAGCAGAUAGAGAAAUUCAAAGGUGUUAAUGUCACUGGCAUAAGGAUAGGCAGUCUGGUCUUCUACCUGCAAUGUACAGACUUGUCUGGGCUUGGGGAACUCUGGUUCAAGUACAAAAGUGGGAAACUGAAUGACCUGCUGGUCGGUAGUUUGAUAAGUGAGGAAAGCUUACAGCAACUCUGUGCUGAGAGCAUCUCUGUGAAGACAACCAUCAACAUAGAGGACUUCAGGAAGGCUCUGGUGUACCUACUCACUACAUCUACUGCCAAAGGACAGCACACACCAAGACUACCUCAGGAGUACCCGCUCUACCAGCCACACAUCCACACCAGGAGCAAUGUGCUGGAUGUACUUCAUCUUGAUGACACAAACCUGACAGGGUCUACAGUGGAACUGACAGAGGACAGACAACAUUAUCUCAUCAGGACCAAAGUUAGCCAACUAAAAAUAGCAGAUGACCAACAGACUCCAGACCCACCUGAUGACACAGAUGUCCCACCAGAUGACACAGAUGUCCCACCUGAUGACACAGAUGUCCCACCUGAUGACACAGAUGUCCCACCUGAUCACACAGAUGUCCCACCUGAUGACACAGAUGUCCCACCUGAUGACACAGAUAUCCCACCAGAUGACACAGAUGUCCCACCUGAUGACACAGAUGUCCCACCUGAUGACACAGAUGUCCCACCUGAUGACACAGAUGUCCCACCUGAUGACACAGAUGUCCCACCUGAUGACACAGAUGUCCCACCUGAUGACACAGAUGUCCCAUCUGAUGACACAGAUGUCCCACCAGAGAUAUCAGAACUGGCCUCACUGGACAUCAGGGAACUGGAACAGCUGAUGGAACAGCCCAGGAAGAGAACUUUCUCUGUAGUGUCAUCAGGGUACCAUACAGGCACUCCUGGAUCAGGACCCAGCAGACCUCACUCACCUACAGGUGAGCUUCAAACACAGGGCAUGUUGAGGACCCUCCUUGCUAGACUGAAUGCACCUGAAGUGAUGAAAGACAAGGCACAACAGUUUGACCUGUACUGUGAGAUAGGAGAUCUCUAUAGGACUAAACUACACAACUUACAGUCAGCUCUGCAGUAUUACCAGUACAUGCUAAAGUGUUCUCAAGAACUGUCAGAUAUCACAAAACAGGCGAAGGCCUACAGCAGACUAGGUCUGACAUGUGACAUGUUAGGCCUGCAACAGGAAGCAUACAGGAACCAUGAGAGAGCUCUGGCUAUCUAUAAAGUAGAAACCAGUAAAGAAAUUGACAUUUGUAUAGCUUACAAAAACCUGGCCUCAUCAUUAGCACUGUCAGGUCAAGUGUCAGAUGCAAAAAGUAACUAUGAGUCAGCCUUGGCUGUUGCCAUGGAGACAGGAAACAAGACUGAACAGAUGGACAUUUACUGUAAGCUGGGUGAUUUACACAGAGAACAGCUACAUGAACCACAGGUCUCACACAAGUACUACACAGAGAUGUUGGCACUAGCCAGGGACUUGGGGAGGAAGGGCAAGGAGAGACAGGCUUACAACAGACUGGGACUGGCUUGUGAUGACAUGCAGGAUUAUGAGGCAGCUCUGGAGUGGCAUCAGAAGAACCUGAAGAUGUGCCAAGAAAGUGGAAUCAAGACUAACCAGAUAACAGCAUAUCAAAACAUAGCUGAUUCCUACAAGGUACUGGGUAAACUGGACCUGGCCAGAUCUCACUAUCAAUCAGCAAUGACCAUCGCCAUGGAGACAGGAAACAAGACUGAACAGAUGGACAUUUACUGUGAGCUGGGUGAUUUACACAGGAAACAGCUACAUGAACCACAGGUCUCACACAAGUACUACACAGAGAUGUUGGCACUAGCCAGAGACUUGGGGAGGAAGGACUGGGAGAGGCUGGCUUACAACAGACUGGGACUGGCUUGUGAUGACAUGCAGGAUUAUGAGGCAGCUCUGGAGUGGCAUCAGAUGGACCUGAAGAUGAGACAAGAAAGUGGAGACAAGACUCAACAGAUAUCAGCACAUCAAAACAUAGCUGGUUCCUACAAGGCACUGGGUAAACUGGACCUGGCCAGAUCUCACUAUCAAUCAGCAAUGGACAUUGCAAUGGAGACAGGAAACAAGACUGAACAGAUGGACAUUUACUGUAAGCUGGGUAAUUUACAAAGAAAACAGCUACAUGAACCACAGGUCUCACACAAGUACUACACAGAGAUGUUGGCACUAGCCAGGGACUUGGGGAGGAAGGACAAGGAGAGUCAGGCUUACAACAGACUGGGACUGGCUUGUGGGGACAUGCAGGAUUAUGAGACAGCUCUAAAGUGGCAUCAGAUGGACCUUAAGAUGAGAAUAGAAAGUGGAGACAAGACUGAACAGAUGGCAGCAAAUCAAAACAUAGCUGCUUCCUACAAGGCUCUGGGAAAACUGGACCUGGCCAGAUCUCACUAUCAAUCUGCAAUGGACAUCGCCAUGGAGACAGGAAACAAACAUCACAAGGAAAACAUUGCUAAAAUCCUGGCUUAUCUGUAG